CUAUCUUGUGGCAUCGUAUUAAAUUAAAUUCCUUCUCGAAUUAGGAGUAGGAUGCAUUUUAACCACAAUCGCACAAUUGUUAUUCAAAAUGAUCUACCUAAUAAUUAGAAGAGAAAGAUCAUACAGACUUUACUAUGAAAUACGAAGUUUAUGGGACACUGCUAACGAUUCGAAAGAAAUGCAGCCUUAUAUACGGCUCGCUUAUUGGGCACGAAUUUGUACAAUAGCUUUUUAUUUAUCGUGCAUGUGCAACGUGAUCACUUUCUCCACAUCUGCAGUUGUUGAUUAUUUUAGAUUCGAAUACAAUGCAAGCAGUACAGAUAACAACCGACAUUUACCCUUUGUUGUCUGGUAUGGCACAGAUAUUUCAGCAUCUCCUAAAUUUGAAAUCGCUUUCAUUUGUCAAAUUCUAUCAUCCGUGGUUUGCGCUACUACAAUCUCUGGCUUGGAUGCCUCAUUUAUGACCACGGUUUUGCACGUGUCUGCUCAAUUUAAACUAAUCAAUACCUGGAUUAGUAAUAUAGGAAAUGAAAUAAAUUGUAACCCAAAUUACACGCGGAAGAUAAAGAUAGAACUAAUGAGAUGCAUUCGCCAUCAUCAACGAAUGAUACAGUAA